AUGGCCUGCAACGGGGCGGCGAAAAACUGUGUCGACAUUGAAGGUGGUUGCACCAGUGCCAUGGACUCUCGCAAGUGGUUAGCAGUGCUCACGGCACUCGCGUUUGUCGCCAGUGCCCGUGCGCGACCCGGCAACGAUAUAACAGACGUUCCCAAACAACCAUCGAAUGAAGUUACCAGCAGCAAGAACGGGCAUGUAAAACCCGAUGCCAACAACGAUAUUAGAAAUUCUUUGACAGUGGCCAAAGAAACUGAGACAACAACAGAUGUUGUAGCUUCUUCUACAGAAAAAGUGGAAGAAACGAAGAAUUUAGAGGUUACGAAACCCGUGAACGAACGGUUUCCACAUGCUGUUCUCUUCGGAGACACUUGUGGUGGGUCUAUUAUCAGCGCUAAAUGGAUUCUAACUGCUGCACAUUGCUCGUUACACACGAGUUGGCCCUACGUGCUGGCGGGGACCAACCAGACGGACGACGGCAGCGGCGUCGAGCGAAGCGUCAAGCGGCUCGUUCUUCACCCUAAGUUUUCUGUGGGCCCUUUUUGGCUUGAUGCCGACCAAUACGACAUUAAACAGGUAGCAGCUGACUGGGACUUUAUGUUAGCUGAACUGGAAGAACCAUUGCCGCUAGACGGCAAAAAGAUAGCCGCUGCGGACUUAAAUGACCAAUCAGACGUGCCCGAGGGUCUAGCCGUCAGCUUCGCGGGUUACGGCGCAGAACACCAUGGUGACUACAUGCGCAACGAGAUGCAUAGCAUGGAUCUGGAGGUGAAGGCGGACAGCGUAUGCCAGGAGGCUUUGAUAGAGUAUGAACCCAAGACCAUGCUGUGCACGAAGGGCCGCGCACCUAGAUACGAUUCCGCUUGCAAUGGCGACAGCGGCAGUGGUCUCGUAGCGAAUGGCAAACUCUACGGCGUGGCGUCGUGGGUGCAAGACGACGCGCACCGAUGCUUCAAUGGCGCGCUCGUGGUUUUCUCGCGUGUUUCCGCCGUACGCGACUGGAUCCGGCAGGUCACCAAGAUAUAAACAAUAACACGAAGAUACGACCACCAUUCACUAUUCUACACGUCG